UCGGCUGUCUUUUUACUAUUUCUACAUUUUGUAAUAAGAGAUAUUUUGGUUUUCGAGAGUAUUUCAGUUACCGUAGUGAGAAAUUGACGAGGACGUAGCAGUAUUACUCAGGAAAACACUAUGAUAACCCAACUCAUAAUGCAUAUGGCCUUUUUCAAACAGUUCUUAUGAGAGCUUACUAUAUUUCAUCUUAACAAUAAUUUACGUUUUUUUUUUCUAUUCAUUCAUCGUCAUUAUCUUCCCUCCAGUCUUUCUAUUCUCUAUUAUCAUCUUCACAAUCUUUACUGUUUAAGAAAUAACGAAGACGUCACAAUCUACAAUCAUUUCAACCUAAUCCACAAUUUCCUUAUAAAGUUUCUCUCCAGCAUCAGCUUAGGUAAGUCUCCCUUAAAAAUUUUUCUCUCAGUUUUCUCUAAGCUCCGAUACAAGUAUCUGUCCCUUUCCCCUUCCUUACAGUUGCACUUCUCUUCCUUCUCCUCUUCCUGCAGCAUCCCGCCCUCCACAGGACACGAGACGAGCGCUACUACUACUACUACUACUACUACUACUACUACUAACUACUACUGCUACUACAAUACUUCAUCAACCAGUCCUUGAUUCUUCCCUACCGUAGACAGGUGCAAAGAAGAAGAAGAAGAAGAAGAAGAAGAAGAAGAAGAAGCAUGGGCACAAGAGAAACUCACUCACUCACUCUCACACCCACGCACUCAAACGCCCGCAUCUCAACACUUCACAGACGCUCCCACACAAACGAUAAAUCAAGUACAGUGUCCUUAGGGUCUUUACACCUGGUGCGUGCCUUGCUACCUGUUCGUACAAGUUAAUCUGGUGUUCGUGUGAGUCGCAACGUGCGUGUGCAAGGGCGGCCCGGCUGAGGGGAGAGUGUAUGUGAUGGGAGAGGGGAGAGUGUGAAGGGAGGAGGCAGGGAGGUUGUGAGAAGUGGGGGGAGGAGGAGGAGUGGGGCGUGUUUGGCCUUCUGCGGUUUGUAUUAAGAAAGGGGAGAAGGGAGUGUCUUUGUCCCUUUGUGGUCAUGCGAUCUGGUCUUCCCUGUGUGUGUGUGUGUGUGUGUGUGUGUGUGUGUGUGUAUGUAGCAAGGCUGUGUUGCAGGGCCGGCGCCAUGGAGGAGGCAGAGCUGGGGUGCUGCGUGUGCCACGAGCGUUAUGACGAGAACCGCUGCCCCAAGAACCUGGGCUGCGGCCACGCCGUGUGCUCCCUCUGUGUGCAGCAGAUCAUCAACAGUGGCCGCAAGUGUCCCGAGUGCCGCCGCCCAUUCUACGCCCACACCGCCGCGGCCCCUGCCUGUCAAUUACCCGCUGUUAAGGUUGUCUCGCGCCCUGGCCUCUGUCAACCUCCAGCGGGGGCAAUCGGAGGCACCCAGCCCCGCCCCGGGUCCCACCCGCAACCAGAACGACGCCGGGGAGUGCGCUGCCCACCUGGCCCGCCUCACGCAGCGCUGCAUGACCUGCCGUGUGUGGGUGUGUCGGGAGUGCCUGCUGAUGGACCACACGCUGCCACCCGAGGGGGCCUGCCGCCUGUUGUCCGUGCGGCAGGCCAUCAAUGAGAUGAAAAAGACCCACGUGGAGACCCUGACGGCCAAGGUGCUUUCGUUGCGGGAACUGAAGACCUCGGCCGCGACACAGGGAGGCUGUCUGGAAGCCAACCGGAGGAUCCGCAACGCUGUGGCCGCCACCCUGCAGGCCGCCGCCCGGGCCGAGCUGGACGCCGUCAAGGAGCUGGACACCAAGAAGAAGGAGGUGGAGGACAAGGUGGCCGAAAUCGACGUGUGGAUGCAGGGGCUACGGGAGAAGGGAGUCAGCCAUCAUGCAGGCGAGCACCGUGCGGGAGUUGGCCACGGCAGCGCUGGCGGCCCGCGAGUGUGUCACCACCACGGAGGCGCGGGCAGGGCGGGAGCGAGAACGGCAGGCGAGGUUCCUGGGCACCCAGCUGCGUCUUGGUUCACUGGACCUGCGGGGAUCGCUGCAGCUGGCCAAGACCAUGUACGUGGCACACGAAGCUGACGACGGCCGACGCUGGGCGCGACUCAGUGUACACGACUCUCUGCUGCAUCUGCACGCCCUGCCAGUCCUCGCCGCCGCCAGGCACCGCUCCUGUAUUCUCGGGUGAGUGAUGGCACCAGGGUGAGGGAGGCGCCGCCUUUUUGGUUGUCUGGUCUUGUAAAGUGUGUUGUUUCCUCCACAGUUCAGGCAGCGUGCGGUCGCUGGUAGCGCGGGAGUGCGCCUCGGCCUUUCUGGAGCUGGGGUGGGAGGGGCACAGCCAGGGGCGCGUCCACCUCACCAUGAUGGGAGACUCGGCGAGGGCGAGGCAGGUUCCUGCAGCUGUGUUCUGGCGAGGCGGGACCCUGCUAUCGCGGUACCUGCAUGUUCGAGGCGGAGCGGGUGGGCGGGGAGGGAGAGAUCAUCCGUGGCGGCGACUACGAGAACAACGACGGCACAGGCGGCGCAGCGCUGGUGGAGGGCGUGGCCACGGGCGGGGAGCACCUGCACGAGGCGGUGUCCGGGCUUCUGGUGGGCGCCCACUCCAACCAGCGGCACCGCCUGGCCGUGUACGGCGUGAUUCUCAGCCCGUGGCCAGACCACAAGACAGACACGGCCUUCGGCACCGUGACGAGCGGCCUGGCCACGCUGCGGGCCGCGGCCAGGCACCGACCCGUCACGGAGGUGCUGGUGCUGGACUGUGGCCCUCAUGCUGCCCCUCUGAACACACACACACACACAGCACAUACACACACACACACACACACAAGCCAGGCUGGAAGGAACUGGUUAUACGAUAAUAAAUAUUUGAAUAUCCA